UCGGUGGAAGGGAGCGGUCGUAACAGCUGCAGCGGCUUCAGCUUGUAGUGUCGUCAUGUCUGGCCGGGGCAAGGGCGGCAAGGGGCUCGGCAAGGGCGGCGCCAAGCGCCACCGCAAGGUGCUGCGCGACAACAUCCAGGGCAUCACCAAGCCGGCCAUUCGUCGUCUGGCUCGGCGCGGCGGUGUCAAGCGCAUCUCGGGGCUGAUCUACGAGGAGACGCGCGGCGUGCUGAAGGUGUUCCUGGAGAACGUGAUCCGCGACGCCGUCACCUACACGGAGCACGCCAAGAGGAAGACGGUCACGGCCAUGGACGUGGUGUACGCCCUCAAGCGCCAGGGUCGCACCCUCUACGGCUUCGGCGGCUAAAGUCUUGUACUCCUCCCGCACCAUCGCGACAUAAACCCAAAGGCUCUUUUAAGAGCCACAUA